UGGACCCACACUGGAGUCCAGCGGACCCCCCGCGGAUGCAGCCCCGGACGAGGAGGAGUCAACGAACCACAUUCCCGAGGGCGAGAUGAAGCACACGGUGGAGUCCCGCGCCGAGGCGGAGCCUGCCGCCGUACAAGCCGACGCCCGGUCGUCGCCAUCCCCGCAGCCUCCCGUCGUCGCACUUGAGGAAGAAGUCUGUCCAACUUCCGAAGUUGCGGCGGAAGCUCCAGCGCAGCCCCUGUCGGUGCCCGAGUCUGACUCAGCGCCCGAAGGCGAAGCCUUACCCGAGGCUGCCGCCGAAAUGGCGCCCGAAGCUUCGCCGGAGAUGCCUUUUGAAGAUGCUCUCGAGUCUCCGUCUGAAAUUUCCUCUGAAGCUGUUGAGGAAUUGGCAACUGAGACUCCACUCAAAGCUGCAGCAGAAGAUGCUCGAACUGGUGGACUUGAAGACUUGAAGACCGAAACUGUUUCAGAGUCUCAAUCUGGUAUUCCCAUGGAGGAUGCUCUGGAAGCUGCACCAGAAAUUACCUCAGAAGCUUCGCAGGAAGCAACUGCGUCUGAAAAUGUAUCUCCAGCUGGGCCCGAAGGUGACGUGAAAAUGACAGACGACUUGGCUGUGGACACAGCACCUGAAACUGGGUCUGACCAUACGUCGGAACCUGUGCCUGUACUUGUGUCACAUCCUGUGGCGGCACCUCCACCAGAAGCUGAACCAACAGAAGCAGUCCUGGAAGCACUACCGAAGGAAACUCCCGAGGCCGCCUCCGAAACUGCACCCGAUACAACUUCAGAGGUUGACACUGCGUUUCCUGAAAUUACCGCGGAUGCCGGCCCUGAACUUGUCGCUGAAGUCGCCAUUGAAGUUGCAGUACCUGUGGUUGGUUCCGAAAAUGAGCCAGUAAUUAGGACAGAAACAGCAUCUGAGGUUGUGCCCGAAGCUUCACCUGAGAUUGCCGAAUUGCCUGCAUUACCUGAAACUACAUCAGAAGCCACACCGGAUGUCACACCCGAAGCUACACCCGGACCUAGCGCUGACGUUGUUCCGGAAACCGUUGUGGAAAUGGCACCUGAAACUUCUCCCGGAACUGAAACUGUAUCUGCUGCACCCGAAUCCUUGGCCGAGGUUGCAUCAGGUGCUGCGCCCGAGCUGCAGACGCGAGUGGACGAGACUUCUUCGCCUGAAGAAAAUGAGGCCGACCAAUUUGCUCAAAUCAGGCCGGAAGAAAAUUCGGAGAAGCAGCCUGAUACGGUUGUGCAGCCUACUGACGAACAACCCGAGGAACAGGAGCAAGCCGAUCUUCCAGAAGCUGUCUCGCCUACGGAGGUGUCUUCCGGGCCCAGCACGGUGGUGGAGGCUGCCAGCGACGUCAAGGACAGCGAGUUGGACAAGGAGCCUACCAAGGAAGUGGAGCCGGAGGCACCGGCUGUCGCUUUGCCCGAGGCCCCCUCUGAGGUCCCUUGUGAAGUCCCUUCUGAAGCUCGCCCCGAGGGAGGGGAGGAGGUCCAGAAGGGGGCCGAGGAAAGCGUCGCCACGCGCCCCAGCCCCGCGGAGGGGGACACCGCGCAGCCAGCGCCACCAGUCGCGGUGGCCGCCGUGCCCGCCGCCGUGCCCGCCGCCGCGCCAAGAAUAGAAGAAGCGGAGGAUGUCCCGGUGCAGGGCAAGGUCCCCGUGCUGCACGCGGAAGCGCAGGAGGCCCCUGUGCCGAGCAAGCAGGCCGUCGUCCAGCCCGACGCGGCCCAGGGCUCGGGGACCUCCGGAAUCAAGUUAGAGCCCAGCCAUGACGACCUCGCCGAGAACUCGGCGCCAUCGAGCUCAAGCACUGCCACGCCUUGCCCCCCAUCGACUGAACCAGCGCCCUGCGCCGCUCCUGCCCCUUCCCCUGCGGCCAAGGCCAGUGUGCCCGUCGCGGAAUCUGUGAUAUUGGCCCCCAACCAAGUUCCUGUCAAGCCCGACCCGAAGGCGACGGCGGGCCGCCAGCCGGUGCUCAACAGCGCGCCGGUGCGGAGAAACAGCGUGCAUCAGCUGGACACCUACCCGUCGCCCUUCGACGACAAGCAGGCCGCGCUCAACCUCUGCUCGUCGGCCUCGGCCGCGAGCCCCGUACUGAACCUCAGCACGGCCUCGACGGCGGCCACGGCCACGCCCCCGGCCCUGGGACUGAACCUCAGCACGACCGCGGCCUCGGACGCGCCGCUCCAGCUCACCAUGGCCGCGCGCGACGAGGAGCGGCCCAAGAUUCGCCUGGCGUCCAAGGAGAAGCUGUUCAAGCCGUCGGUGGUGGCGCUGGAGGAGACCUGCAAGCGGAUGCUGCCCACGGGACCUACCGGCCCUGCCCAGGCCGCCGCGCAGGUGUCGCACGUCAAGCCCCCCACGCACAAGGCCGCGCCCGUCCUGUCUUCCAACGCCAAACCCCCGCCGCCGCCGCCGCCGGUUCCGCAGCCACAACCUCAGCAGCAACUCCCGCCCUGGAUGGCCAAGUUCCCGCCCGCCGCGCUGGCCAACAUCCCCGCGCACGUGCUGAGCAACAUGCCGCCGCAGCUGCUGCAGAGCAUCCCGCCCGAGGUGCUGCUCACCAUGCCGCCGUCCUUCUGGGCCGACAUGGGCAACCUGCAGGGCAACCUACAGAGCAACUUGCAGGGCAACUUGCAGGGCCAGGCCAGCGGCAAGCACAGCAAGGGCAUGGUCCAACCGGCUCCGGCGCGCCCCAAUAAAUGUGAUACUAGUGUAAGAGCCAAGCCGCUGCCUCCAACUCAACCCCAGGCACAGCAGUCGCAGCAGCAGCCGCCGCUCAAGAGUGUGCUCAAGUCAAACCAGUCGUCUGGACAGCAAGCCCCUCCCGCCGAGGAACGCCGCCUCUUCUCCACCCUGCCGAAGGACACCGUCGUGAUCCCCACCUACUACGUGGAGCCCGGCAAGAAGGCCCCCUCGGCGGCCCCGUCAGCCCCCGCCUCCGCAGCCCCGAUGCCCAUGAACCUCAGCAGCGUGCACCCUGCCGUCGCGCAGCAGCUCGCCGCGCCGCUCAAGUCCGCCUCGCCUGGCCAGCCCAGCCAGCCUCCCAAGCCAACCGCUGCCGCUCAAGCUCCGCUGCCGCCCAAGCCCAAGGUGGCCCCCAAGCCUGCACAGAAGGCCGCGCCGUCGAAGGGGCUCAAGGUGCCGACACCCCCGUCGGGGCCCUCAACUUCAUCGGGCCUCCUGCCCCCAGGACUGGGCAGCCUUCCGCCGGGCUUCGACCCCGCCAUGCUGUGGGGACCCAUGGGACCUCAAUUCUUGCCGCCGCAGAUGCUCGCACAGGGCCUCCAAGGGCUGCAGGGCUACCCUAUGGACCCGCAGCAGAUGGCCAAGAUGGCCAUGAUGCCCGGCCUCGGCCCCGUCCCCAUGGGCGGCACGCCGCUGGACCCGCAGAAGAUGGCGCAGUUCACCCAGAUGGCCGCCAUGAUCUCAAUGAUGCCCCUGGACCAACAGCUGGGGCUGGCGCAGGGCACGCCGCUGGACCCGCAGAAGAUGGCGCAGUUGAACCAGAUGGCCGCCAUGAUGACCAUGAUUCCCCCGGACAUGAUGCUGAACCAUGCCAUGAUGAACUCCAUGCGUCAGAACCACAUGCCCGGCCCCGCCAAGAGCGGCCAGGGCAGCCAGAGCAAGCAGUUCAAGGGCCAGCCUCCGCGGUCGCUACCCUCCUCCCGCACGUCCAGCCCCGCGGGCCAGAGGGACUCCGGCAACGCGCGCCCCGGCUCGAGAGGGUCCAGCCCCGCCCAGAGGGGGCCUAGUCCUGCUCAGAGGGGUCCUAGCCCCGCUCAAAGAGGCCCCAGCCCCGCACAACGGGGCCCCAGUCCCGCUCAAAAAAGUGUCGCCCAGACGGUGCCAAGCCCGGCGCGCCACAAUCCUAGUCCCACCAGUCAGCAUUCCAUGAGUCCUCCGCCACCAGCUCCCUCCAACAUCGCCGCCAGCGCCCUCAGCCCGCUGCAGCGCCUGGCCAAGCAGACGUCCAUCUCCAUCACGCCCGCGCCUGCCAACAUCAAGAUCCCCGCGCCCCCCAGCAGGCCGGCCCCGCGAGCCGCCACCAGCAGCGCGUCGCAGCAACCAUUGCCCCCACCCCCGCAGCAUGUCCCUCCGCCAGCCCCGCAGCAAGUCUCGCAGCAAGCCCAGCAGGCCCCGCCUCAAGGGCAGCCCGUCAAGAAGCAGCUGGGCUCCAAGAUCCGCAACGUGGUGGACGGCCUGCGCGCCAAGGCGGAGCAAGUUGGGGCGCCGCUUAACCUGGCCGACGACCAGCCCACCACCCCCGUCAAGAAGGUGAUCCAGGUGACCAACACGCUGACCAUCGAGCUGGAGCAGAGCGGCACCGAGGAGCGCCGCGAUCGGCCCGCGCGGCCCCCCAUGCCGGGCCUGCUGCCAUGCAAGGCCAUCGAGACGCCGGCCGCGCCCGCCGCGCCGACGCCCGCCUGCCAAGUGUUCCUGUUGGACCAGCAGACUCCUGCGGCCAAGCCCACCCCCACGCCGCGGUCGCCGCCCAAGGACGACACCGCCGCCACGUGUGCUCAGCUGAUGGAGACCCUGCUAGUGCAAGUGGACGAGCUUCGCCACCUCCAGAGCAGCAUCAAGGAGCAGCAGCCCCCACUCGCUGCCCCCGGCGCCGCCGCCCCCGCACCGCGUCGCGCGAAGGUCAAGGUGACGCCGACCAGGGCCCAAAUGACUGGCGCGGACGGGUCGCUGAAGAGGCCACCGUUCGCGAGGCCGCUGCCCCCUGCCAAGCCGGUGGCGCCAGCCUCCACCUCUGCGACCGUUGCCGUCCCUGCCACUGCGCCCGCCGCGACCGUGGUGGCGUCUACAUCAUCACCGACCCCCACCUCCAGCGUCAUCGCCCCCGUGGUGAGCAUCUCGCCAACCGUCACCAUCUCGCCGUCCGUGUCCGUGACGCCCAUCGCGCCGAGCGGCCGCCGCUCGAGCGAGGACAUGUCUCUCCCCUGCAGCCUGCCGCUCAACAAGGUGUCCCAGAUGCUGGACUCGUGCCGGCCCGGGAGCAGCCCCGCCCCCGUGAGGCCUUCCAUUCCGCCCAUGCUGGCGGCCGGCGGGCUGGAGAUCGUGCCCAUGGACAUCGCCGCCACGUCGAUGCCGGCCCGCACGUUCGGCAUCGAGAAGCCCCACAUCACGGCGCCCAGCAUCAGCCUGAGUCCCACCGUGUCGCUGUCCCUGAUGGGGCCGCGUCCGUCGGGGCCCCCCGUCCGCAGGGCGCCAGACACCCCCGACGUGUCCGUCACCAUGGAGACGCAGCCUCUGGCCGUCCCCGCGGCCACCAUGACGGCCCCCUCGGCGCCCACGCUGCACCCCAAGAAGGAGCUGAUGGCGUACGGCCUGCACGGGCUGCACGGCCGCGCGGAGCAGGACGCCCCCGGCCACUCGGACAACGACGACAGCCAGGACGCGCUGCACGCGGACAGGCUCGUCAUCGCCGAGGAAGAAAUGGCCUCCAUGCUGCCCAAAGGCGAAGUGGACAUCGAGGACAUGUUCGAGGCCAAGGAGGAGCCCCUGGAGCACGACGCCCAGUUCGAGGCUGCUUCGCCCGUUGUCCAGGACUUGGACGAAGAGGCUUUGGACGAUGCGCCGGAGCCCUCUUUGUUGGAGCAGCAGGCGACCGUGCCUGCACCCGCAGCACCACCCUUUGUGCCCGCAGCACCUGUGCCUUCGCCGAUUCCACCACCCCCGGCCGACAGGCAGGCGGAGCUGGCCAGCACCGACUUGGCUCCUGAAACUGGCGACUCUCUGAACGCCGACGAUGCCGAUGGAAGUGAGAGGGGAGCGGACGAAUACGUGGUGCCCGUGCGGUCCACCCGGAGCGGCAAGCCCCUGGAACCAACGCCCACCUCUCCGACUGCCAAGGCCUCCAAGCCCAGAAAGGGCAAGAAAGACACAAGUCCAGGUCCCAAGACUGGUGUCGGUGCCAAAGGCGAGACAAAGAAGGCUUCCAAGAAGAAGAGGGAAAGUGAAAGAAAGGCCUCGAAGCAGCCAGAGUCGGAAUCGACGGAAGAAGGGGACCAGAAAUAUUUUACAUUCAAUCCUUCUCCAGAUGAGUUUCUCGUUCCUGGUCCUGAUGGCCAGAAGUGGUAUUAUUGUGACAUCUGUGAAGGUCUAUAUAAGCGGGCAUUCAGUCUGAAACGGCACUAUCUCCGAUCACACAUUAAUUAUGCUCAUCUCACUGUCAGAGAUAUUGCCAACUGUGGUAUUGCAGCAGGGAAUAAAAUGCCAAUAUUGCAAGUCGAUGUUGCUAGUGAUGAUCCGUCUUCUGCUGUUGAAGUGUCUUCAGAAAAAUCUAAAGAUGGUAUUGGUGGAGUGUAUCAAUGUUAUACAUGUGAUGAAACAUUUGAUGAGAGAGAAGAAAUUCGACAACAUUUGUCAAGUCACAGAAAGCAACUCAGUGAUGAAGCGUUGAAUGAUAGUGAAGUUGGACUAGCUGAAUCCCAAGUCGUUUCUGAUGAAGCACCCACCUUAGAACCAGCUGUUACACUAGAACCCUCAGCAAUACCUGAUGCAGCUCCUAUUUUAGACCCAGCUCCAACUGCUUUACCCAUUCCUGAAAAUUCUACUGAUAAAAUUGCUAACUUAACCAAUGAAGAGUCAAUUACAAUGGAAAAUGAUCUUCUUUCCAUUGCUCUAGAUGAAUCUUCCUCUUCGAAUGUGGAAGCAGAUGUGGAAAAAGAAGUAAAAGAAGAGUCAUUCAUGUGCUUCUUUUGUGAUAAGUUUUAUGGAUCACGUCAGAAACGCCAUCAACAUCAAUUACGCAUCCAUCUUCGCCCUAAAAGACGCAAAACUAAAAUUAUUUAUGCUUGUGAAUAUUGUGAAAAUGCUGAGCCUAUUUACAGAACUUUGGAAGACUUAUUUAAACACAUGUGUUCAUCUCAUAAAAAUGUCUAUUUUUCUUGUCUCUCUUGUGAAUUACGAUUUCCGGACAAGAAAGAGUACAUGGAGCAUCAAUUGUUGCUCCAUACUGAAAAGGAGCCCUCUAUUGAAAAUGAUGUGGAGACUUUGGUGACACCAGCCAUACCUAAUGAAGAUCCAGCCCCUACAAGUGGUGCUACAGUGGAAGAAAGUGAUGCCAAAGGUGCUGAAGAAUUCCAGUGCACUGUUUGUCAAAAACUUCUAGUCAGUGAACAAAACUUGAACAGACAUUACAGGCUAAAACAUGAUAACCGGGGAAAGAAAAAGAAGAAGAGACCUGAUUCUUUACCAGUCUCUGAUGAAAAUUUGACUGAGAAGCUUGAUCCUGAAACAUUAUUCUACAGCCAAAUAUCAACUAAUAUAAGAGAAAAUCUACUUCACCAUUUGGAUGGAAAACUUGAUUCCCAAGAGCUAUAUGAGCGAGAAGAGGAAGAACCUUCACUUGUACCUGCAACGGACUCAUCGCGUACUCGAAUAUCUAUGGACAGUGUGCCUGGUCCCAGCACGAGCUAUUCAUCACAAGAGAGUUUGAGCGAAGCCAUGCCUGCCACUAAGUUAAAACAUGUUAACAGAAGGAGGAGUAGUGAUGGAUCUCGCACGUGGGAGAAGUAUGCCUUCCCAAAGAAGUACGAUGGGAAGGGUGGCAUGACAAGCUAUUUGCGUGAUAUGUCACAUGUGGAUAUUCAUACUCAAGUCACAAUGAGGCAAAAUGCAAGACGGUUGGGAUCUAAAGAAGCUGUGCAAAGCCCUACUCCUUCAACAUCUGGAGGAUCAACCCGCAGCUACAAUCUACGAUCUAGUCAUGAGGAAACACCUAUGUUGGAUUUUCCAUCAAUCUUGUCGCUUACUCAAAGUGCUACUGGAAUUCAAUUACGUCGAACUGCAAGUGCUGCUACAUUAGAGAAGAGUAUGUUGUCAGUCAGUUUCAAUCCCCCUGAGCUUCCAAAAUCUGACCAUGACAAGAAGUUAAAACCACCGAAAGUACCAGCAGCAGACUACCUGAAUGCUGCAUGGCGCCAGGGGCCCUUCCCCAUGGUCAAUGGACGUGCAGAGCUUAGUGGAGAAUGGGUUAGACCCAAGAAUUACCUCUGUGCUGCAUGUGAUGCAAGAUUUAAAAAUUUGUACGACUUGGAAGAUCACAAGUGGAACUUCCAUCCGAAUGUGUGGUGCACUCACUUUGAGUUUGAUGAUGCAGCUCUCAUACCCUUCACAGCUGUGGGAAUUAAGUCACCAAGUGACUUAAACCGAAGAGCAAUUGAUGCCACUGGAACCAUAAUGUCUGCACCCGCAGUGCCGUCAACUCAACAGUGUGACAUGACAUGCACCAAGUGUCAACACAUCAGUCAUACACCAGCCGAUUUGCAUCACCACAUGCUGGACUGUGGUGGAGACGCAACAUGGCAACUGAUGAUGGUGGCAGCAAGUCCUGGCAGCUCAGGCAACCGGCGCAACAAGAAGUGGAGACCAUUUGGCAGCCGUCGUCGCAGACCUCCAGGACGCCGGGGGUUGAAGAGGAAUAUACCAAACACCCCCCAAAGGCCACGGUCAAAUAACCCAAAGACACGUGGUGGAGAUGCGGAUACAAUCCAAAAAAUGAUUGCCAACCUCCCAGCCAAGCGUGCUACAAGAAGAGUCAUUCAGUUCAAAGAAGAUGAAAUUAAAACUAGGAGCCAAGCCACUAUUGCAAGUGUUCCCUUCCCUGUAUCACAGUCUGCUCUUCAUAAAGCAAGUCGAGCUUUGGUGGACAGGUCAAAAACUGCCUCUUCAAGUAAACCGGGUCACAUGCCAAAAGCUCGACCAUUGAGAUCACAGGCGAGUUCCGGACCUCUAUCAGCGCCUUCCACUUCAACAUCUGCCGACGACCCCGACCCCGAGGAAGAGGCGACUACAGAGGUGGAGGCUGAUGUUACGAUGGCUACUGAAGAAAGAAGGUCUCCAUCAGAAUCAGAAAAGUCUGCCUCACAGGAGGAACCAGUUACUGAUGCAGCAUCCAGUAGUGUAACAACUCUGAAAACAAUCACCAAUUCAGAGCCAUCUGGUGACCGAAAGAAUUUGAGAACAAAUACAAUUCUUGAAGCUAUGAAGUUGGCCAUGCUAGAUUCUAAUCCAGACAGUGAUGAUUCAGUGGAAGAAGGAAACAGAAAGAAGUGCUUAAGAUCAGAAAAACUGUCAAUGGAAUUGCAAGUUCAAGCAAUGGAAUUGGAAGAUGAAGAAAAUGCUUUGAGGCAAGCCUCUGUGGAACCAUCCUCCUCUGUUAAAGAGAUACACCUGCCUCCAGCCCCAUCUCUGGAGCUGACCACUGUCCAAUUUUUAGCCAAGUCCAUGCCACCCAACUUCUGUGCUGGAUGUCAAAGAUCAUUUUGCAACAAUUCAAAUCGUGACAGGCACUUGAAAGUUUGUCCUUUCCUUCUCCAGAUUGCUGGAGAUGGUAUGCCCAAGUUACGGAAGCAGCUAGAGUACCGCAACCAUCCAUUGGUGUUGAAUUCUCUUUCUUCCAACCCACCUGAUUUCAACCUUUCCAUGUUGCCUGCGUCUGAUGAGAAGGCUAAAGUUCAGGGUUCAGACAGCCCUGAUUCUCGUAUAGCAGAUAAGCUUUUGUUUGGUGAGACUGUUCCUGAAAAGAAGCCUGCCUCUGGAAGCAAAAAGGCAAAGGACAAGAAGAAACAGAUUGUUGGCAUCAGGAAGAGGACAGUCCCGGGGGACAAUUCAGAAGGUGGAGUUGUCAUUAAGGAAUCUUUCUUGGUUCGAGUUGACACGUCUUCAUUAAAUGAUGCUGUCAACAAUGACACAAAGGAGCAAGAGGUUUCUGAUACAGAGACCCCUUCCAAUCAAUUGAACAAAAAUAGAAAACCAAGAAAAAGUGACCAUGUUGAAAAAAUUGUUCAGAAACCUUCAGACACUCCAAAUGAAGAUAACCCUCACGAUUCGAAAGGUAAAAGAAGGUCAGUGAGAAGUUCAACUCCAGCUGCUGAGGAUGAUGAAUCAAGAAGAAAAUCAGUUAGAUGUUUAUCAGCCAACGCAAAUGCUGUGAUUGAUGAAGAUGAUUUGCCCCUAAAGAAAUUUACUCGUGCAAGAAAUGCAAGCCCAGCCAAAAUUCCUGUGAUGAGGAUUGACCGUGCCACGACCGGUGGUUCUACAGAAAAACAGCAAUCACAGACAGCUACUUCACCCAUGGUUAGCCCUCGAAAUUCUCGACAGUCUACUGGUAAAUCUCAUGGUUCGAAAAGGACCGCCUCAGAUGUGCUGGACGAUGAUGCUGAUUAUGAUACAGACGAGUUUGAAGAACUUUUGGAUAAAAUGGCACCUGAUGAAAUUAAGAAUUUAGAUCUUCUGUCUCAAGUUCUGGAGGGGGAUGAAUCUGGAAGCUCGGAUGAUGACUUACCUUUAGUCCCCAAACAAAAGGUGAAUGAAGAGUAUUCAUCAGAUGAUGAUCUCCCUCUCAAACCCAAAGCCUCUUCAAAAGUAGCUCGAGUUGAAACAAAUGAAGCUGAAAGUUCUGAUGAAGAAAUAGAGCAGGCAAGCACCAAAAGAGCCAGCAGAAAGAAAUCUUCAGGAACUCCCAUCAAGAAGCUUCAAGAAAUAGCUACUUCCAUGGCUGUUAGUUUGUCUGAUCUGCAGUCUUCAAUGAACAAAGGUAAAGCCAAGAGUAAGAAAGUGAAACCCAGUGAGGAAGAGCUGAAUGAUGUUGCGACACCUCCAAUCAAAGUCAUUGUCAAAGUGACUAAACCUAAAGACGAUGAGGAUGAUGUUUCGCCAUCAAGGAGAAGGAGUUUGAGGACAAAAGAAGUUGAGAAAAACCAACCUGAAAUUCAAGAUUUGAAGGGUGGAAAGAAGAAGGGUAAAGAAUCUGAGCUUGAGCUUGAAAUGGAAAUUAGUGCUUCAGCAAAGAGCUCUAAGAAGAGAGCAAAGGUUGACUCUCCUGAAAUGGAAUCAAAGGAGCAAGCGGACUCUCAGUCGCGUGCUUUAUCUGAUGAAACUCAAUCAGUGAAAUCUUCCAAGAAACGCAUCAAGUUAUCUGCUGACGUAGGAACACUUCCAGAAAUUAAUCAAAAUUUAGCCAACCAUACUCAGGAUUCAUCAGAAGAAAUUCAGAGAAGUAGUGAUAUGUCCAAGAAUAAAAAGAAAACUAAAACACCGUCCAUAGCCCCUGUUCCAAUGCCGGAGCCAAAUCCAGAAACAGUCAACGAACUGGAUCCCAACUUAAUCGGCGAAUUGACUCCUAGGCUAAGCAGGAAACGCUUUAAUGAGCUGUCUACUACCCCAACCACAACUCCAACACCAUCUACAAGUUCCAAACUUGUCAUCGAACCUGAACCAUCAUCUUCCCUCCCUGUUUCAAAGAGUGUCAAAUCUAAGAGUAAGAGCAGACCUUCAGAAACAUCAGGAGAUACCUCAGGAGAUGCUCCAAUAACUGAAGCCACAUCAAAGCAAACCAAAAGCAAAUCUAAGUCAAAGAAGAAAGCUAAAGGAAAAUCUGAUGAAGUUGAGCCUACUGAAGAUAAAGAUGACAACUCAGAAGAAAAAUCCCCAAAGAUCAACUCAAAGAAAUUCUUGGAGCUAUCUGAUGGUGAUUCCAAGUCAAGUAAAAGAAGAAUGAAAAGUGGAUCUGUUCUGGAGGAAUCUCUUGAAGAUGGUACCGCUACUACAAAUAAUCAAGGAAAGCGGAUACGACUUGAUGAUGGUGCUGCUGACUCAGCUGAUAAUGACAGUGUCAUCACAGAAUCAGAUAGUUCAGAAGUUACGAAAGGCAAGCGUAGCAGGUCUCGGCUGGAGAAUUCUACUGAUUUAUCUGAAACUGAGAGCACAUCAGCCUCCAUUGACAUGGCUUCAACAACUUCUAAUUCCAAACAAUCAGUUAAAAAACAAGGCAAAAGGAAGAGCAAGGGUAAGCCUCAGUUGUCUAAUGAUAUCGAAGAGGAUAAUCAGAAUGUGAAUGAUGCUACUGCGUCACCUGAGGUGGCUCAGCCCAGUAAACGACCAAAGAUGGAUGCUGUUGUUGAUGGCUCUACGCAGAAAGAAACAACAUCAAACUCCAUUGAAGAAAAUGAUCAUGGUUCGUUAAUAGAAGAUGUACCCCAAGUCCCAUCUGAAACUGCCGCUGUUCCAGCUGCAAAUGUUGGUCAAAAUCCUCCAGCUGCUGCCUCUCCGACUCCUGCUGAAGCUCCAGAGACUAACAACAAACCAAAAAAGACCCAGAAGAGUUCUACUUAUUACUGCUUUGUUUGCCAAAGGCACUAUUCUACUGCAUUCAACUUGCAUAAGCACUUUGCCAGUGCCUAUCACAAGUCAAAUCUCAAUUCCUAUUGCAGCCAAGACAAGACCAAGACAGGUGAUGGUACAGAUGGCAACUUUGAUCUUCCUGAUGCUGUUGUGGCAGGUGGCGAAGAGCCUAAAUCACAAGAGAACAACAGUCAGAAGGUUCCUCCCGGUUCUAGUUGCCCAACAGCUGAAGAUGAGUCUUCAUCUUCUGAACAAACUAAGGAAAAGACCUCUGAUUGUGAGAAACUUUCUGAGGAAAGGGAGAAGAUGCCAGAGCCUGAAGUUUUACCCACCAGUUCACAUGACCUGACAAAUGCCAAUGCACUUCCUGUCUCAGAAAUGGACCAAGAACCCAAAUCCGAUGUACCCGUUCAGGACAAUAGCAAGGAAAGGCGUGGAGAAUCUCUAGCCACAAGUCAAAGUUCUCAGAAGGCUGACGAGCCCAGUGUUGGGGCAACUGUUGUUGAAGCACCUGCUGUUGAAGCACCUGCUGUUGAAGCUCCUGCUGUUGAAGCUCCUGCUGUUGAAGCUCCUUCCAAUGAAGCACCUGCUGUUGAAGCACCAAGAUACACUGAAAUGCCUCAGGCUUCUCAAGAGCAACAGACUGUCGGUGGUGCUUCACAAUAUAGUCAAAGUCAGUAUAAUCAACAGCAUUAUGAUCAAUACAAUUACAACCAAGGUCAUCAUUACCAGCAGCAUUAUGGCCAGCCCCAACAGUAUGAUCAUCAGCAGCCAAACCCACCUUACAAUCACCAGGAACCUCAGCAAACUCAUCCCUUUGAUGAAAAUUCGCAGCCUGCUAUGCAGACAUUGCAGACUUUUGACCACAGUCAGCAGCCAACGCAACAAACUAGUCAUUCCUAUGACUCUCAAGUAUCCAACCAACAUUAUAAUCAACAACCGUCUAAUCAGCAACACCCUCAAUCCUAUAAUAACUACAAUAGUUCUGGAAAUUGGCAAGGAACAGACUCCUGGGGUCCAUGGAGGAUUCCAGACGUUAUUCCCUCCUACUCACAAGAAGAAGCAAGUGGAGGUAUGGGACUGGGAUCGAUCCUGGAUUCUGUCAAUCAAGUGCUGAGUGGUGAUGGUGGCAUGUCAGAUUCUCUUCCCUUGUACCCUGAUGUGACAUCAUUGAGCGAUUUGCAACAUGCUAUUGGAGCCAACGACGAGGAGAUGGCUGUCCUGAGACAACUUGGGGAAGGCUCCUUGCGCGAGCUGAUUGGGCCGCACCACCAAGUGGCUCCAGCAGAGGAGGCUGAGCUGCUUGACUUGGACAAUCAGAAGAAAGCAUCCGACCGCUCAAUUGCUGGACCAUCAUCUGGGUCCGAAGGUUCUGCACAAGCCUCCAAAGCUGCGCCCUACUUACCGUCUUCUAGACCGGGUUCAUCUAGAAGCAGCCAAUCAUCCUCUUCCUCAGGUAGCGGUGCUACCACAUCCACAGCCAAUGCCCCUCCUCGGUCUAAAGGUUCGCUGUCCACUGGUCCAAGCCUUAACGAGCUCUAUGAGGACAAGCAAAUGUGGUGUCAUUUGUGUCAUCGCCGGUUCUUGGGUCUGGCUGCUAUGAAAAAACAUAUGGAGAGCUUCCAUGCCCAUUCAGGUGAAGGUGAGCCUGCUGGACGGAAGUUUGAACGACGUUCUCUGGCAUUAUCUGCUGAAGGCAGUAGUGAACCUCGCCUGUGUUGCAGUGUCUGCAAAGAAAUGGUUACAGAUGAAAAAGCUCUGCAACAACACAACAGUGAGAUGCAUCCACCCAGAUCAGAACAACCAAAGAACAAGAACAGUGAAGGACUUCGUACUCAGAUGUCCUCUGCACUUGGUGGCUUACUCGACCGAGCCUUGAAGAGCUACAUGAGCAAGUCAUGUGCACCAAAUGCUUCUAAUUCAGAAACAGACAAAAGCCGCUUGACUUUGGGUAUCUUAAGCAAACUAGCAUUGCGCCAUCAAUCAAGCCUCUCUCUGCCAAGUGGUAGUGGCGUUAGUAUUGGAACUAUCGGAGGAGGAGGUGGUCCUACAACAAGUAUGCUAGUUGACCAGCUUGUUGCUGCAAAACUUGGAAUGAGACGUGGCAGUGGUGGCAGCAUGCGUCGCCGGUCAAGUGGAGCUAGUAGCCCUGGUAUUGAUGGUAGCUUUGGCUGCCCUGUCUGUCAUGAAAGAUUUGCAUUUGAGGGGUCUAUGAAGAGGCAUUUGAUGUCGCACAGGAGAGACCCUCCCGAGCAACCACAAGAAAUUUUAUCAGCCCCGGUGUCCCGGCCGGAUAGCCCAAUGGAGACGUGUAUGGAGCCUGCUGUGGGAUUGGAUGGGGCCUUCCUUUGCUCAGUCUGCGGUAUCAAUUUCAAGACACCAAGUGAAGUGAUGGAACAUCAACGGAUGGAACACGUACUCAACCGCAGAACGUCACAUGAAGAGGAGGGUGAUGGUGCAGAAGAACCUCAUAUUGAUUCUGAAACAGCGGAGAAGGCUGAGAAAUGGAUAGAGAACCACACAAAACUCCAAAGCUCGCCGAAGGGAAGACAUCCGCUUGGCAAAGAUGUGAAAAACAGGAAAGUUGCCAUAGCUGUUGAGUCAGCUCUCCUGGAGCGCACAGAAGAAAUGAGAAUUAAAGCAGAAGCUGCUCUCAGAGAGUUGAACCAGACUCGCAAGCCUGCCAAGGGAAGUUCGAAAGAAGCCAAGUGGGGUGUGGAUGCUGUGAAAUUUACGGUAACCAAGGAGCCACCCCUUGUUGGCGUGUUUGGUCCAACACUAGAAAAUGAGAAGAAGCAGAUAAACAUUCCUGUUGUCCGAAAAAUGCCGAACAAUACGCCUCGCUUUUCUUUUCUGGGUAAGAAGGGUGGUAUGUUCAAAGGAAGUGACGAUGCCAAGUCAGAGAAAGAGAAAAUUGAUGUCUAUGAUUUUGAUGAAGCAAACAAGAGCAGUUCAUCUAAACAACAAAAUGAUGAAGCCAACAGUGCCGCUAACCCUGGGGCUGAAGCACCGAAAAAGAAAAAGAGAGCACCCAGAAAAGAAACUCAAGCCAAAAAAGCGGCUGCGGCGGCGGCAGCUGCUGCUGCCGGUGAGAAAGGAGCCGAUGGUGCAACGGAGGUUGCGAAACCCAAACCCAAGCCGAGAGUUCGGAAAAGCACAAGUAAAAAAGCCAAGGCGCCCAACCAAACUACAGCACCCACUGGAGCGGAAGGUGUCCCCAUCAACCCGACCCAGCCGACGACGCAGGAACCUUCGCUGGAGCAGCCCCACGUAGCAACCCCUGCCCAGGCCCCUGCUCCGGCCCCAGUCCCAGCGCCCUUGCCGCGAGACCCCCAACCCCUGCCUGGAGAGGCUGUAGAGGGACCCCCAGCAUCCCUUGACGCAAAGGAGCAAUCAGAGGUAGGCAAAGCAAAUCGUUCUCCCCGAGCGAAAGCAUCUCUUAAAACUGGUUUGAGUGUACUUGUGCAGGACAACAGGCAGCUCCACGUGCCCACCAGAGCACCGAGGCGGGCCAGCAUGCAUGACGUCACUGACUAUAGUGUGUUUGAUUUUAGCAGUGACGAGAGCACGGACGAAGAGCUGCUCAUCAACCCUGACGCCCCCUCCGCCCGAUCCCGUUCGCGGUCGACCCAAGGCCCCGGCACGAUCCCUGGCUCCGCCCCCGGCACCACCGCCCCCGGUACGACCACCCCCGGUGCGACCACCACCACCCCCAGCCCCGGACACGCCCCCUGCCCCCAACGCGUCAAGAAGCCUGCGGACGCGCGGGUGAGGCGGCUGCUGGAAGAGGACUGGACCUGGCUCGAGGAGGACAGCGACGAGUACGAGCGAGAGGCGAGGCAGCAACGCAGCGCGCGCCGCAAGCGCGCCAGGAGGGCCGCCAAGUCCGAGGCCGUGCGCGCCCACGGCGGCCACGGCGGCCACGGAGCGGGAAGCGCGCCCACCUUCCCAGUCCCAGACCCCAAGGCGAGGCAGGAGCGGGAGCGACAGGAGCGAGGGGUGAAAUGCAGCUGACUAGCCGCCGCGGGGGCAGCCCUUUAGGCAGCCCGAGCCAGAUCGACGACACUGUCUGCGACGGUGCGUCUUGUUCCAGGACGAUUUGUCCUGUAGUAGUCAAUACACUAGCGCCUAUCUGUGAUGAAUGGUAAUAUGCUUGACAGUUUUUUUUUUUUUUUUUGUUUUUUUUUUUGUAUCUUUUAUGUGUAGUGACAGGAAGACUGAUGUAAUUGUGUAAUGCAAGAAAAUCUAUGCGAUCAAUUCCCCUAGCCGUAAGAUUUUCUUCUUUCUCUUUACCUAACGUUAAUGAAGUGUAAAUGUGUUACUGUGCAGCAUUGUGCCAGGUUUUCUUUUAAUUUUAAGCGAGUAUUUUUUUCCCUUCUGUUUUGUUUGAAACAUGUGCUCUUAUUACCAUUUACUUAAUUCAAACUGCAUGUAGAGUAACCAAGUGAUCUGGUCAUAUUUUGUCAAGUAAAUGUUUGGAUCUUUUGUACAGUUGCACUGACAUGUAUGGAUUGUUGUUUUUUUUCUGGAGAUAUUGAAAGGGGGAUCUGUACAGCUGUUGUAAGUUUUCUUGUUAGUAAUUCAAUGUAAGUUUAGAAUUAUGUGAUCUCGGAGUUAAACUCACGAGUUGAGUACCAGCCAUUACUUUGUGAAAAAGUUAAGUUUCCUUUGGAAACACUUUUCAUUACUGCCAAGUAUUGUAGAUUUUUGAGAAUUGUGUUCAAAUGAUCGGCUCGAUUUUCCAAUUGGUGCUCAUUUCCAGGAUUUGUUUCUCAUUCUAUUGAUACACUGCUAUCUUAGCGAUUUUAUUUUAACUGUGCCUACUUUGUACAUAUUCCACGACAAUAUAUAUUAUAUGUAACUACUGCCAGAGAGUGCCUUUUUUCCCUGUGUAGAGAACAAAACUAUUUUCAUUUUUUUAAUUUAGCUGUGUGGUGUGUGUGUACAUUUUUUUUGAAGAGGGGUUAAUGAAAUGUAUCAGCUACAUAGGACAUAUCUUGUUAACGCUUCUGUGAUGCAAUGGCACUGUUUUUGGUGGACCUACGUGUAUAUAAGCUAUCACUGCCAAAUAAGGAGCAAAGUCCAUCUUACUAAUGCUGUGCUUUGUUGUGUCAACUUAUAUUCAUUUCCUUAGAUAAUUGCAGUAUUACAAGAACGUACUUUGGCUUCCUUGUAGUGGUUUGUUUUUCUUUGUAAUAUUUUUUAGUUAGAUUUGGUUUUGUACAGUAAUUUUCUUUCAUGUGCAUGAAUUCUGAUUGGUUAGUCACUUGCAUGCUGCACAUAUAGUUUUGAAUUCCUGCGUUCGCUUAGAUGUUGAUUUUGUUUUUAUCACAGGUCCCACCAAAGAAAGCAUUCAUUUUCCUGUUCUGAUAAUAUGCACACAGAUUGAAUGAGUGCUGAAAGGUCACAUUGAUGUAGAUUUAUUCAUACUUUCAUAGUCAGCCUGUCAUUGUAGUCAUCUACCUUCAACUGAGUUAAGAGAAUACAUCUAUAAUAACCAUGUAAAUAAUAUCAAAGACUGUUUCUUGUAAGUCCUUCUUGUAAUCUUGUGAAAAAAGCUGCAUGUAAGUAAGUGUAGUUAUUAAAAUGAUAAGGGUUUAUAAAUAUAUAUAUAUUGUACUAAAGAGGUAAAUACUAUUUCAGAUAAAUGUUAAAUUUGAAUUAUGUAAAUUAUUAGUGUUUGUGUAUUUUUCAUAUUGACAAGAAAAUAAAUUGUAAUCUUAAUAAUUGAA